UUCUUUAUUUUUGAUCGUGAGGUUUCGUCUAAUGAAAAUCAUCAAGAGAUACAAGGUGACCUCCAAGCGUCAAUCAAAAAGAUACCUUUAAUAUCAAUAGAAGGUCAGGCAUCUUUGAAAAUGAAUGAAAUGGAACAAGAGAAAUUAACAAGUUCAGCUGCACUUUUCAUGGAGAUUUUGCCCUGGACAACAAUCCAGUCUCAUAUGUAGAUGCCAUCAAGGUGUACUCAGAGCUACCAAAACUGUUGGGAGAACACGGAGAGAAUGCUGUGCCCCUGACCGCGUGGCUUUACCCUCUGAAAAAACUAGAUUCGGCAGCUGCUCAGUUAGUCAGGGAGAUCAGUGUUAGCCUAAUACGAUGUGCCCAACGGAUCAUGGAUGAACUGGAGGAUUGUAACAUUCAAUGUCAAGAUCUGAUGAGGGACGAUAUUGCCAUUCAAUUCCCUGAAAUCAAAGACAAGAUCAGAAAAUGUAAAGAUCUUCUCUCAGAGUACAAAACCGUUCUUCAAAAACAUCUCAGCAGGCUACUUCCAUCCAUAAGGAGUGGAGGAAAAGAGGAACAGGAGCUUGCAGAUUAUCUGAACAGAAAUAAAAGAUCCCCAUUUAAGGGUGCUCUGGUAACCAAGUAUCUAAAUGAGCGAGAGCGAGAGAUGAAUGUUGUUAGAUCUUACCUUGACAUCAUGAAAGAUGUCCCUGUUAUUUCAUCCAGCAACAAACUGGACAAAGUUGUCUUGAAAGUGUCCAAUAACUAUGUGAUAGCUUUCGCACUCUCAUCCUUAAAUGAAGACGAACCGUACCUUUCAGACUUAGGGAAUUACCUUAAUGAACAAUCCUGUAACAAUGAAGAGCAAGUAAGUUAUAAUCUAAACUCUUCAAAGAAGACAGAGAAAUGGUUUUGCUCAGGGGAUGUAACAGCAUUCACCAGAGAAAACAUACAGGCCUUCCUAGAUUUCAAAGAAGCCAAUAAAGAAAAAAAAAACAUUGAAUUCUGCAUUGCAUCAAUCCCAGAUGAACUCAGCACUGCCUCUUCCAUUCAUGUUUAUGAAAGAGGGAGACUCAUCAGCUCACAGUAUGAGCUUCCCUCUAAACCACCAAUGCCGGGUUUUCUUAGUGCUGAGCAUGACUGCAUUCAUUUGCAAAUCAAAGCCCCUGAUCGUGGUGUUAGCUGUGUGGACUCAUACUGUAUUUCAUAUCAGUCUGCACAGAGCACUGAAUGGACAGAGGUGUAUACUGAUGGAGUUGCUGAUCAGGUCACUGUCAAGCAGUUACAACCACAUAAAGAAUAUUGUUUUACCUGCAAGGCGGUGUGUCGUCCAGGAGUAAGUCUGACAAGUGACACAACAUCAUUCUUCAGGACUCGUCCAUGUGCUCCUCCUGGAGCACCUAUCGUAAAACAAGUAGUAUCUGAGUCGGCAACUUUAGUCUGGGAUGUUCCUACAUCUGUGGGUGAGGAUGUUCUGAUCACUGGAUACAUGUUGGAAUUCAGAGAAUGCACAAAGGAACAUGAAAAUGAAAACCGUGGAAGUCUGUGAAAUCUACAAACAGGGAGUGCAUUCUUCAUGAUCUGAAAAGAGAGA